AUAAAAAGUAAGGUUAUAAAAAUGUUUUACUUACUUUCAAACUUGUUGACCUCUCCACUGCACUGCAGUGACUUGGUCAUAUUUCAAUUGUCAUUUGACAAGUUAUUAGUGUAAAAAAAGUGACAGUGACAGUGAUAAUUGGCAACAACAGCGCAGAAGAUGGGGUCCCAGGAAAAAAUUCCGAACGGAAUAAAAUUCUUAUUUGGGGGAAGUGCAGGAAUGUUGGCAACAUGUUUCGUGCAACCCCUCGACUUGGUCAAAACCAGAAUGCAAACGGCUACUACUAAAGAGUACAAAAACUCCAUGGACGCCGUUAUGGGCAUCGUGAAAAAGGAGGGAAUCACCGGCAUGUACAACGGUCUGUCGGCAGGCCUACUGCGACAAGCCACCUACACGACGACGCGUUUGGGGAUUUACACGUGGCUUCUCGAGGCUAUGACCAAGAACGGUAAAGAGCCCGGAUUUGCGGCAAAGGCUGCUCUAGGAAUGGCCGCCGGGUGCGCCGGAGCCUUUGUCGGUACUCCGGCGGAAGUGGCCCUGAUCCGCAUGACUUCCGACGGCAGGUUGCCGCCCAACGAGCGCCGCAACUACAAGCACGUGAUAGACGCGGUGGCGCGCAUCUACAGGGAGGAAGGUUUGACCAAGUUGUGGCGGGGGGCCGUGCCCACGAUGGGCCGCGCGAUGGUGGUGAACGCUGCGCAGCUGGCCACGUAUUCUCAAGCCAAAGGGGCCCUGAGGCGUUACGUCGACGAGGGCGUUUUCCUGCACUUUUUGGCGUCGAUGGUGUCAGGUUUGGCCACCACGGUGGCCUCGAUGCCCGUGGAUAUCGUCAAGACCAGAAUACAAAACAUGAAAACAAUCAACGGAAAACCGGAAUACAGCGGACCCAUGGACGUCCUAAGCCAAAUCGUCAAAAAAGAAGGCUUCUUUAAACUGUGGAAGGGCUUUACCCCGUACUACUUCCGUUUAGGGCCGCACACAGUCCUGACCUUCAUAUUCCUGGAACAAUUGAACACCGCGUACAAGAAACAUUUCCUGGGAACCAAGUGAAAGGAACACCCAAGCAUCACAAUUUUUCCGACAUUUUAGCUCAAAGGUUUUGAGUACGCCUCUAUUUUAAAACGCCCUAUACACAAUGAAUUAACACGACCACUUUUCUCUCUACUUUUAUUUGUAUUCAAAACAGUUGAGCUGUGAUGUCCAUUCUGUAAAUCUAAGCCAAAUAUACACUGAAAAAUUAGUUUUAUUGAUUUUAUUAAUUUUUAUUGCGGAAAUACUAAUUUUAGGGUUUUUUAACAAUAAUUAUUCUUGUUAUAAUUCUGCUUCUUACAUUAAAUUUUAAAUAAUGAUUUGUUAUGUUAUAUAAGCUACUAUUUUUUUUACAUAAUGCUUUUUUGUCUACCAUCACAUUUUUUAUAUACCUACCUUGCAUUUUUUAUUUACUUAUUAUCCAAAGCAAUUAUUUUUGUGAUAAUUUUAUUGUUUUUUUUUUCGGUUU